UGGAAACAGGUUGUAUUGGUCUCCGAGCUGUUUCUUCAGUUUCUUCUUAUUGUGCAAUUUGAUCUAUGUCACUGCCAUAACCGGUACCCGAUUCUGUGCAUUGAAUAUAUCGACGUUGAGGAACUGGGGGAAUCAAGGCAGCGAAACGUUUCAAGCGUAGCUUGUCUCUGCAAUAAUUUCCAGAUAAUACGUACCCGAUAUAUAUUUAUUGCAUACCUUAACUCCGUAACAUCCGAAAUCCUCGAAAGACGAUCGACAUGGAGGACAAGCUGUUGCAGAUACUCCAAAAUGUUGGAUACACUGGGUCGAUGCUUGAUGCCAACAAGCUGUCGAAUGCCUUAAAACUUGGCGCAAAAUCGCCGGAUUUUACUAGUCUCGUAAGCUGGUUUGCCGAGCAACUGGCGACAUUUGUAGAUAUAGAUGAAACUGUCCAUGCUACAACAAGCUCGGACGAUGCUAGUUCCUUUCUCUUAGAAUUAAGCUUCUUUCUUAAAGAAAUAGGAUGCAUAAAUGAGAAACUGAUGACUGGACAUAUGAAUGAAAGGCUAGCAAAUGAAACUGAAAGAGUUAUUCUAAUAGAAUUUUUAACAACAGAGCUUAUGGCUUGUAAAUUAUUAGAAGUAAAAUGUCCCAAAGAAGAGAAGCAAAUAGAAGUCACCAUUGAUGAAAGUGACACUGCGAGAACUUUGAAAAAUAUGCUGGUUGUACUGAAGUUUCAAAAUCCACCAGACAAUAUUUCGCCUGACUUAUUGUUUUCACGGCUAGAAACUAAAUUAUCAAACGUUCUAAAGACUGUACCACCUAAUCAUCUAGACAAACCACUUAUAGAUGUUGAGCUCUCUGCUAAACAAUGGGAGAAAUUAGGUCAGCUGCAAGAAGAAAUGCACAAGGAAUAUAUAGUUCGACGUGAGAUGUUGCUGAAACGUCUUGACGUUACAGUUCAAUCAUUUUUGUGGUCUGAUAGAAUAAAAUCACAGGAGACUGAAGUAAAUAAUAGAUACAACGAGAGAAGAAAGACUCUGAAAAACGAACCAAAAGUGACACUGGCCGAUUUACUAGCAGCUAGAGACGAUCUAGCAAUAAUUGAGAAAACAAGUAACGCGAGUGUUCGCAAGAACACACGAAGUAAAAUCAACAGCGUUAUUAUUGGAGCGGUUCCAGACAGAGGUGGUAGACCAUACGAACAAGAGCCACCUCCACCGGAGAUGCCACCAUGGCAGAAGGAUAGAGUUCAAGGGCCACCGUCAUUUCAGAGCGGAAGAGGAGGAGGUGGACGCGGCGGCGGCGGUGGAGAUAGAGGACGCGGAGGUGGUAGAGGUGGUGGUGGCGGUAGAGGUGGAGGUGGAGGAGGUGGCGGUGGUAGCGGUUAUCGAGAUCAUAAAGACUCUGGUAGUAAUUUUGGCCAGAACUUGGACUAUCAGCAGCAAUCUCAAUAUUCCGGGCAUGGACAUAGAGAAUGUUAUCCAGAUCAUAGAGAUGCAGGAGGAUAUCAGAGAGGCGGCGGUGGUGGAGGUGGAGGUGGAGGUGGAUCUGGAUCUGGAUCUGGAUCUUAUCGUAGAGAUUCUGGCACAAACUACAAUCAGAAUUAUAGUCAAAGUUACGGUCAAAAUCAGAAUUAUCAACAGUCGCAAUAUUCCGGUCAGAGAGACUCGUAUAGAGGUGACAAUCGAGGCGGUGGGAACUAUCAGGACAGGAGGGAAAGCGGAAGAGGAAGGGGAGGUAGAGUUCAAGGUGGAUGGAAUCAAGGUGCCAAUACUUCUGGUUGGAAUAGUUAUCAACAUGGCGGCUAUAGUAGGGGCAGAAACCAGUACUGAAGAUGCCAUUUCGCGUAUAUUUUUAACGAUGGCAAAAGUUUCUCACGAGAAAAGAUAAAGUUAUGAUA